UACAUACUCUGGAAAUAAGUGAGGAAUUUAUCGAGUCUCUAUACUAAGAGAUCAAUGGUGUGAUUAUCAGUUGAGGCGUCUUAUGUUAAAGGCCAGAUUAAAGACCAGAAUCCGCGGCAAACUCUGCCGACAUCUUAUUAUUUAUCCCUAGCUAUCAAACUUACUAGAUCUACCGUUACCGUUACCUGACUCUUCGUCUCUCAGUACCUAUCAUAUCUUUACAUACCUAUUUACUACCUAGAUGCCUAAACCACCAAUUUCUCAAACUCAUAACCUCGCAGCCAUCUAGAUUCUACAUACCUACCAACAUCAGUCAACGACACCAGCAAAAUAGUAUAGUAAAACCAUGACUCCACUUCCAGGGAGCUGUUAUUGCGGUCUAAUAAAAUACACCAUCACGCUCGAGGACCCGGAGUCGCAGGCGCGCACAAGUAUCUGCCACUGCGGUAACUGCAAGAAGUUCACGGGCGGCGAGCAUGGUAUCACUACGAAGAUUCCCAAGUCAGCAUUUAAGAUAACCCAAGGGAAGGAUCAUGUAAAAGUACACGAAGCAAACAACGGGAGCGGCGUGUUGCUACAUCGCGAGUUCUGCGAUACGUGUGGCGGGUCGCUUUUGGAAUACGGGGGAAACGCGGGAGAUAAUAUAUACGUCUUCUACGGGACGAUGGACGACCAUGCUCGCGGCCAGGUAGAGCCUAAGGGCGAGUUCUUCUGCAAGUUGCGGGAUCCGUGGAUGCCGAGCGUCGAAGGGUUGUUUCAAAAGCAGGAAAUAAAGCAGUGAUAAUAGAGGUGUCACUGGUCCUAGCAGGAGUAGGUGGUGAUGUACUAUUUGGGUAGGCUCUAUUGUAGUGUGAUGGGUUAAAUUUAUGGAAAUUGUGGAUAUGGGAGAAAAGGGGUUAGGGGGUCGGGAAUGUAUAUGCCGGAAAGAUAAACGCGGAGAUAUAAUAAUAUAAAUAUAGUAAGUUAGGUAGGUAUUUAGGUAUCUAUAUAUAUAUAUAUAUGGUAUAUCAAGUUCUGCAACGAUACUUCAUUC